AACUCGAAAUUGAUCAACAGAGAAACUUUCUUCUGAAAAGUCGAUGUGUUGAACCUUUACUUGAACCAAACUUGGCUUUGGACAGUACGAACUGCCAAACUGUGGCGUCAAGAAUAUAAAAGAAACCCGGCUUUCCAAUAACGGCAGCAGAUUCCUCUGUGAUACAGUGGAACUGCUUGACUUGAUCGGAUCGGACAAGAUUUAUGGAUAUGGAAUCAUUAUCAAUUAAUGGUACAAUAUCGGAUUUAAAUACUGCAAACACAUACACCAACGGAAUCAUUGGUACAGGAAGUAUGACAACAAUGAAUGGAGACAUGCAUGCAAACGAGGCCCAUGAAAAACAACAAACUGAAAAUGGAGGAGGACCAACAUAUGCUGAUGCAUUUCCGCCUCUUCCAGCUGCUCCAAAAACUGGGAACUCUGCCAAAACAUCUGCUUGGGGACAAAAAUCCUCAAAUGUGAAACAGUCAGCAGCAAAAAAAGUCGCUAGUAAACCUAUAUUAUCAUCCAAUGCUACUCAGGUAUUCAAGAUUCCAUAUGAAGAAAGGAAGUACAAAAACAUUAUACCACUAUCUGAAGAUUUUCAUAGACAAAGAGAUAACAUUUGUGAUAUUAUGAAAAAAACAAAGACCAACAUUGAAGUCAGUAUCAAUAAAGAUCAAUGUUUGACAGUUAUGAUCACUGGAAAAAGAGAAGAUACAGCAAAGGCCCAACACGAAGUCAUUUCUAAGCUGCAAGUACAUGCCAACAUUGAAAUUAAAAUUCCAAAGGAACACCACCGUUUCAUUCUUGGAAAGGGUGGUAAAAACCUCCACGAGCUGCAGCUGAUGACAAAUACUAAGAUCUCUGUACCGGAUAAGAAUAAUACCAACCCUCUAGAGUCAGACAGAAUUAGCAUUACUGGACCAAAAGAAGGAAUUAGUCGAGCAAGACACGAAAUCAUGUUGAUUUCUGAAGAACAGUCUAAUCGUGCAUUUGAACGACUGAAAGUUCCUCGGAUGUAUCAUAUUUUUAUUUUUGGGCCAAGCCAUGAAAAGCUGGAAGAGUUAACUAGUGAAACUGGUGCUCGUAUCAACAUUCCUCCAGUGAAAUAUGACUCAGAUGAAAUUGCUGUGUCUGGGGAAAAAGAAGGUGUACACAAAGCUGUGAAAAUUAUUAUGGACAUUUACAAGGAAAGAGAAAAACGAUGUAAAACAGUGUCUGUAGAGGUUAAGAAAAGUCAACAUCGAUACGUUGUUGGGCCUAAAGGGACAGGCAUUCAAGACAUAUUUAAUCGCACUGGGGUUUCAGUUGAAAUGCCUCCAACUGACACGGAUGAGACGACAAUCACAUUGAGAGGUGACCAAGACAAACUUGGAAAUGCUUUGACUUUGGUUUAUGAAAGGGCCAACAGUGUUGCCACAAGUGAGCUACAUGCUCCCAGGUGGCUUCGCAGAUUCAUUAUUGGCCGAAAGGGUGAAAAUAUCAAGAAGAUCACAGAUGAUUUGGGUAGUAAAGUUCAUAUCGAUUUUAUUGAGAAUGAGGACAAAAUUCUUAUAACAGGGUCACCAAAUGAGGUGGCAGCAGCUGAAAGUUUGUUGGAGUCAUCACUCAAAGAGUUGAAAAACACAAUGUCAUAUGCGGAUAUUGAAGUUGACCAGCGAUGGCACCGCCACAUCAUUGGAAAAAGUGGAUCUAACAUUGGACGAAUUAAAAACGAAACUGGAACAUCUAUAAACAUACCGCCAGACAAUGAGAAAUCAAAUGUAAUUCGAAUUGAAGGAAGUCCAGAGGGUGUAGCUGCUGCAAAACUUGAGAUUUUAAGCAUGGCUCAGAAAAUGGAUAAUGAAAAAUCACGAGAUAUCAUAAUUGAACAAAAGUAUCACAAGAAUAUUAUUGGCCAAAAGGGGGGAAAAGUACGAGAGAUUCGUGACAAGUUCUCUGAAGUGCUUAUAUCAUUCCCAGAAGCUGAUACAAAAAGUGAAGUUGUAACUUUACGAGGACCUCGCGAAGAUGUUGACAAGUGCUACAACUAUUUGAAGAAACUUGUCUCUGAAUUAGUCACUUCCAGCUACCGUUUAGAAGUGCCUAUCUUCAAACGGUUUCAUGGAAAUAUCAUUGGUAAAAAUGGGGCCAUUAUUAAAGGCAUUAAAGAAGAAACCGGCACAACUAUUGAUAUUCCUGCUGAGAACAGUUCAAGUGAUGUUAUAGUUAUAACAGGCCACAAGGACAAAGUACAUUUGGCUCGUGACAAGAUUUUGAAAAUUCAGGAUAGCUUUGCAAGCAUUGUAAAAUCAGAGGUUAAGAUUCCACAGAAGUUUCACACUUCCUUAAUUGGUCCUGGUGGAAAAUUAAUUCAAAGUAUAACAGCUGAAUGUGGAGAUGUUUACAUCAGAUUUCCUCCUGAGGGUACAAAGAGUGAUAUCAUAACUGUUCGUGGUACAAAAGAAGAUGUUGAGAAAGCAGUGACUCAAUUAAAAAAACUGGAAGAGGAACGACUUGAGAACAACUUUUCUGCUGAGGUGACUGCAAAACCAGAGCAUCACAGAUUCUUGAUUGGACGUGGUGGAAUUAAAAUUCGACAAGUACGAGAAAAGACUGGUGCACGAAUUAUCUUUCCAACAGCUAAGGAUGAAAACCAAGAAAUUAUUACCAUUAUUGGCAAAGAAACGGCUGUUGAAGCAGCUAAAAAAGAGCUUAUGGAUCAAAUCAAGGACUUGAACAAUAUUGUUGAAGACGAAAUUGAUAUCGAUCCAAAAUAUCACAAAAAUUUUGCUGCACGACGCGCACAAAUUUUGAACGAUAUUUCCACUGAAUAUGGUGGUGUUAAGAUCAGUUUACCCAAGGAUCAAAAAUCAAGCAAGAUUUCAGUGACUGGGGCACGAGAUUGCGUAGAAGGUGCAAAACAGCGUAUGUCAGAGUUGGUAACGGAGUGGGAAUCUUUUAUCGAGGUCAAAUGUGCUAUACCUCAAAAACACCACGGUUCGCUGCUGAGUAACAAAGGAAGAGAUAUUCAAGAAUUAAGUGCGAAAUUGAAUGUGCAUAUUAAAUUUCCUGAUCGUCAGCGUAAAGAGGAUAAGCAACAAGCAGAACCAUCUGCUGAGACAGAUGCUGAUAAUUCCAACGAUGUUAUUUCGAUCAGUGGUAAUAAAGAUAAUGUUGAGGAGGCAAAGACUGCUUUACUUGCUCUUGUUCCCAUCUCCGAAGAAAUAAGCGUACCCUUCAGUUUACAUCGAAUGAUAAUUGGUAAAGGUGGUGAAAACAUUCGAAAGUUGAUGGAAAAACACAAAGUGCAUAUUGCUAUUCCCCCAGCUGAUAAAGCCGAAGAAGUCAUAGUAAUAACAGGUCCAGAGAAAUGUGUAGCAAGUGCAAAAAUUGCUAUUGAUGAACUUAUGGAGGGAUCCUUUGAAAUGCUUGUGACUGUACCACACAAGUACCAUUCGAAUAUUAUUGGUCGUGGUGGUGCUGUAAUAACGCAAUUGCGCAAAAAAUUUGACGUUAAAAUUGAUGUGCCUUCAGCAAACAGAGAGCAAACAGCUGGUGAGAGUUCAGACCAGAUUAAGUUGACAGGUUUGGAAAAGAACUGCGAAGCUGCCAAAAACGAAAUUGAAGCGAUGGUCGAAAAGUUUGAACACCAAGUGACCAUCGAAGUGGAGAUUGAUAAUCGUUGCCACGGUCGAAUUAUUGGACAAAGAGGAAAGAGCGUAGGGAAAUUGAUGGAAAGUUUCAGUGUGGACAUUCGUUUUCCUCGUGAUAACCCUAACAAGGACUUAGUACUGAUAACUGGACUCGAAGAUAAUUGCGAACAAUGCAAAGAACACUUGCAAAUGUUAGAAGAAGAAUACAUGGACGAAGUGAUGGAGAGAUUAGAAGAACAGAACAUGCUAGCAUCGUACACUGUCCAACAUCGUCGAAACGACGACACUCGAAACGACAACCCGUUUGGUUUCGUUGUCAAGGAUGCCCCUUGGAAUCAGCAGCAACAACAGAAGCAGCAGGCGAAGGUACCGCAACAACGCCCUCCUUCAGAAUAUGAAGCUGAUGUUGGAAAUACCGCUGACUUCCCUUCAUUAGGUGGCAAGAAUGGAAACAAGCAACAAGGACAACCUUGGGGACCAUGGAGUGCUCAGUAAAACCAACUGCAUGCUGACUUGUUGCAGUUGCUUUGCUGUUUUAAAUUUGUUUUUUUUUUAUUUGCGGAUAUGGAUUUUAUGAAGGGAAUUAUUUAAUUUCGAUGAGGUUGGUUUGGUGACUAUUUUUGCUUUAAAUCUUUUGUGUUUUUAUCAGUGUGUUAAUACACUUACAGAUAUAUAUAUUAUACUCUUUGUUAAAGAUAGAUAACUACCUGAAAUUCUGACGCUUUUUCGCUGAUGAUUUUGGCAAUUUGUGUGUAUAUUUUCCAAUUUUCCCCAAUCGUUAAAAUUAACGUAUGAUAAGGAAAUUUUUAUGGUGUCUUUGUGUUUUACGUGUUUUUAAGAAAAGGGAUUUUUGUAUUUCUAUUGGUAUUUGUCUCACCCAAAAUUUUGUGGGCAUUGACAUUUUCUUAAAGAAUUGAUAUUUUAGUACGAAUUUCAGAUCGUGUCAUUUCAACAUUGUUUGUGUCAAUGAUAAUAUAUGACCAGCUAUGAUGAA